AUGCUGAAGGAUGAGGUACGUACAAUUACGUACCGAAAUGCCAUUUAUCACAAUAAGCAUUUGUUCAAGGACAAAAUUGUCAUGGAUGUCGGCUCGGGCACUGGAAUUCUGUCGAUGUUUGCUGCUAAAGCCGGUGCUAAGAAAGUCAUUGCGAUCGAGUUCUCGAAUAUGGCAACGCAGUCGAAACAGAUCGUAAAGGAUAAUAAUCUGGAAAAUAUUAUCACCGUUAUUCAUGGAAAAGUAGAGGAUGUCAAGGAGUUGCCCGAUGGAAUUGAAAAGGUAUUAGGAACUUAG